AUGGACCUGAGGGAUUUUUACCUGUUGGCCGCUCUGAUUGCCUGUUUAAGACUGGAUUCUGCUAUAGCUCAAGAACUUAUUUACACUAUAAGAGAGGAGCUGCCUGAAAAUGUACCCAUAGGAAACAUACCAAAGGACCUGAACAUUUCUCACAUUAAUGCUGCCACAGGGACCAGUGCCAGCCUCGUUUACAGACUGGUUUCUAAAGCUGGGGAUGCCCCUUUGGUCAAAGUGUCCAGCAGCACUGGGGAAAUCUUCACCACCUCUAACAGAAUAGACAGAGAAAAACUCUGUGCUGGAGCCUCAUAUGCUGAAGAGAACGAGUGUUUCUUUGAACUUGAAGUGGUGAUUCUUCCCAAUGAUUUCUUUAGACUGAUCAAAAUAAAAAUAAUUGUAAAGGAUACCAAUGACAAUGCACCGAUGUUCCCAUCUCCUGUCAUCAAUAUCUCCAUUCCAGAAAACACUUUGAUCAACAGCCGAUUUCCAAUCCCAUCAGCCACAGACCCUGACACCGGUGUCAAUGGUGUGCAGCACUAUGAAUUGUUAAAUGGGCAAAGUGUCUUUGGGUUGGAUAUCGUGGAAACGCCCGAGGGAGAAAAGUGGCCCCAAUUGAUUGUCCAGCAGAACUUGGAUAGAGAGCAGAAGGAUACCUAUGUGAUGAAAAUCAAAGUGGAGGAUGGAGGCACCCCACAGAAAUCCAGCACAGCCAUACUGCAAGUCACAGUAAGUGAUGUUAAUGACAACAGGCCAGUGUUCAAAGAGGGUCAGGUGGAAGUUCAUAUCCCAGAAAAUGCCCCUGUAGGGACUUCUGUCAUUCAGCUUCAUGCCACUGAUGCAGAUAUAGGAAGCAAUGCAGAAAUCCGAUAUAUUUUUGGUGCCCAAGUUGCCCCUGCAACCAAAAGACUCUUUGCUUUAAAUAAUACUACAGGGCUGAUUACAGUUCAGAGGUCCUUAGACAGAGAGGAGACGGCCAUUCACAAAGUGACGGUGCUGGCUAGUGAUGGCAGCUCCACUCCUGCCCGGGCCACGGUUACUAUUAAUGUCACUGAUGUAAAUGAUAACCCUCCUAACAUAGACCUCAGGUACAUUAUAAGCCCCAUCAACGGCACCGUAUACUUAUCUGAGAAAGAUCCUGUCAAUACAAAGAUUGCCCUCAUUACAGUUUCAGAUAAGGACACCGAUGUGAAUGGCAAAGUGAUCUGUUUCAUUGAGAGAGAGGUCCCCUUCCACUUAAAGGCAGUUUACGACAACCAGUAUUUGUUAGAGACCUCUUCCUUGUUGGACUAUGAGGGCACCAAAGAAUUCAGCUUUAAAAUUGUUGCCUCUGAUUCUGGGAAGCCCAGUUUGAACCAGACUGCCCUGGUAAGAGUUAAACUGGAGGAUGAGAAUGACAACCCUCCAAUUUUCAGCCAGCCUGUAAUUGAGCUGUCGGUGUCUGAAAACAACCGACGGGGGCUAUACUUAACAACUAUUAGUGCCACAGACGAAGACAGUGGGAAAAACGCAGACAUUGUUUAUCAGCUUGGACCCAAUGCCUCCUUCUUUGAUCUGGACAGAAAGACAGGGGUCCUGACGGCCUCCAGAGUUUUUGACCGGGAAGAGCAGGAAAGGUUCAUUUUUACUGUCACUGCUAGGGACAAUGGGACCCCUCCCCUGCAGAGUCAGGCUGCUGUGAUAGUUACAGUGCUGGACGAGAAUGACAAUAGUCCCAAGUUUACUCAUAAUCACUUUCAGUUCUUUGUAUCUGAGAACUUACCAAAGUAUAGUACGGUGGGGGUGAUCACCGUGACCGAUGCAGAUGCCGGGGAGAAUAAAGCUGUGACCCUUUCUAUCCUGAACGACAAUGAGAAUUUUGUGUUGGAUCCUUACUCCGGAGUCAUCAAGUCCAACGUUUCCUUUGACCGAGAACAACAGAGCUCCUACACCUUCGAUGUCAAGGCCAUUGAUGGAGGGCAGCCACCCCGUUCUUCGACUGCCAAGGUGACCAUCAAUGUCAUGGAUGUCAAUGACAAUAGCCCUGUGGUCAUCUACCCACCUUCUAACACUUCUUUCAAGUUGGUGCCACUUUCAGCCAUCCCUGGCUCCGUGGUGGCAGAAGUAUUUGCCGUGGAUAUUGACACUGGAAUGAAUGCUGAACUUAAAUAUACCAUAGUCAGUGGGAACAACAAAGGCUUAUUCCGUAUUGAUCCGGUGACGGGCAACAUUACUUUGGAAGAAAAACCAGCUCCUACGGAUGUGGGGCUGCACCGCUUAGUGGUCAACAUAAGUGAUCUGGGGUAUCCCAAGUCUCUGCACACCCUCGUGCUAGUUUUUUUGUAUGUCAAUGACACCGCAGGAAAUGCCUCUUAUAUUUAUGACUUGAUUCGGAGGACUAUGGAGACCCCCUUGGACAGGAACAUAGGGGAUAGUAGUCAACCCUAUCAAAAUGAAGACUAUCUCACAAUCAUGAUUGCCAUUGUGGCAGGGGCCAUGGUGGUCAUUGUGGUGAUCUUUGUCACCGUCCUGGUUCGCUGUCGCCACGCAUCUAGGUUCAAAGCUGCUCAGAGGAGCAAGCAAGGUGCUGAAUGGAUGUCUCCUAACCAGGAGAACAAGCAGAACAAGAAAAAGAAAAGGAAGAAAAGGAAGUCACCCAAGAGUUCCCUUUUGAACUUUGUUACCAUUGAGGAGUCCAAACCUGAUGAUGCGGUCCACGAACCUAUCAACGGGACCAUUAGCCUGCCAGCAGAGCUGGAGGAGCAAAGUAUAGGAAGAUUUGACUGGGGCCCAGCACCACCAACAACCUUCAAGCCCAACAGCCCUGACCUAGCUAAGCAUUACAAAUCUGCCUCUCCACAGUCUGCUUUUCAUCUCAAACCAGACACUCCAAUAUCAGUGAAAAAGCACCACGUGAUUCAGGAACUUCCCCUGGACAACACCUUUGUUGGGGGUUGUGACACCCUUUCGAAACGAUCUUCCACUAGUUCAGACCACUUCAGUGCCUCAGAGUGCAGUUCCCAAGGAGGCUUCAAGACAAAGGGCCCCUUACACACCAGACAGGUAAACGAGCACUUUUACUGGUCUAUAAGUACUGCAUACAAGUGCCCAGUCAACCAGUAUUAA